AUGGAAGCCAGCGGCGGGCCCCUGGUGUCGGAAAGUUCGAAUGAGACACCGAAAGGCAAGAACAAAUUUCAACGGGCACUUAGUCACUUCGAAUUCGACAAUCCCGAAUUGGAGAGGCUGUAUAAAAAAUACGUGUACAAACUUCAACAAGCUACCAUCGGCUACAUGCUCGCCGUGUUCAUCUUGUUAACUUCAUGCCUUGCCGUAUUGAACUUUUUCUAUCUCUUCCACCCGACUGUUCGAAGUAUCUACCUGUGUGUACAGUGCUUGUUUUUCAUAACUGUCUUCGUGUUCAUCAACACUCGCUACAUGGAGGAGGCGUACUUCAUGCCGUUAUGUUACCUUCUCCUUUUUUUUCUUACCAUCUUUGCCACGAUGUCAUUUCCUAUACCCUUUGGUGAUUUGCCACCUAUCGACAAACGGCUCAACGAUAUGGACACCGAAAUGACGGACUCUCACGUGGCACACGCUACAGAUGACACUCUCAACAAAAAUAUGGCCCCCUAUUCAGAAUCGUUACUUUCUUCAAUUGAUUUCUCAUCUUUUACCAUCUCGGAUUUAAAUCCUGAACUCGGUGUGGUUACAGCGUUACCGUACACGAACGGAGAAACGACCAGAGUAAGAGGCCUGAAAGACACCCGUUUGAUCAUAGGUAAUGGCUAUUAUCCGGAUACAAAGUAUUUGUCGCUACCCGUACAAGGUGUGUGGGAAGUGGCGUUCGUCAUCUUCAUGGUUUAUACCCUUAUGCCGUUGCAGAGAUUAAUAUCCGUGUUGUUAGGGAUUCUAUUACCAAUUGGACAUCUAAUCACGGCAGCUCUGCUCAGUUCGGGAACUACCGGAAGUGACAGCAUACAGCUAUCACUAUGGAGACAGGUAAUGCACCUCUUUGUCAUUCUUAUUCAACUUACGUGA